GAUAGAGACUCCUAUUCAAUGUUCAAUAAAAAAAAAAGGAGACUAUCAAUGGCACUAAACGUGAUCGAGAACGUCCGAGUCAGGCCCGCUACCAAACCGUCCGAUGACUCAGUGGACUCCUUCAGUCUCCCUCUAAACUUCUUCGAGUUGCGCUGGAUAAAAUUCCAUCCUAAUCAACGAGUCAUCUUCUAUAGACUCACCGAGUCAUCAUCCGAGACAUUCCACUCUCACAUCCUCCCAAAGCUCAAGCUCUCUCUCUCCCAUGUCCUCCACUACUACCUCCCACUUGCCGGCCUCCUCACGUGGGACCCACAAGAUCCAAAGCCGUCCAUCACCGUUUCCAAGAAUGACACGGUGUCUCUUACAGUCGCAGAGACCGACGCAGACUUCUCCUUUUUAACCAGCAAUGGACUACGUCCUGCGACCCUCUUUCAUCCUUUGGUACCUGAGUUAGAAGUCUCUGAUGACUCGGCGACCCUUCUUUCUCUGCAAAUCACGUUGUUCCCCAACCAAGGCUUCUGCAUGGGCAUUGCAUCGCACCACUCCGUCAAUGACGGUACAACGUCAGCAAUGUUUAUUAAAUCAUGGUCUCAUAUUUGCAGAUUGCAUGAACACAGCAACGCCAUGGAGUUUCCUCUUCUUCCGGAGGAUCUUACUCCGACUUUUGAUCGUACGGUCAUCAAUAUUCCGUCCGGACUCGAGUCAAAAAUGAUUGACCUUUUGUCGUCUCGAUCAAAGGACAACUUCAAAACCCUGAAGCCACCACCCCUCGAUGAGAUAAGCUCCGACGUUGUCCGUGUCACUCUUGAGUUAACUUCGGAGAAGAUAGAGAAACUCCGGGAACGAGUCAGGAACGAAUCAGCUCGCUCUCCGCUCGAGCUUCACUUGUCGGCCUUCGUCAUCGCGUAUGCUUACUCAUGGACGUGUGUAGUGAAAGCGCGUGGAGGCAACCCGAACAGACCAGUACGCUUUAUUUAUACAGCAGACUUUAGGGCUCGUUUAGACCCGCCACUUCCUGCUACAUACUUUGGGAGCUGUGUGCUGCCCUCAGGUUGGUUCCAGUACGAAGCGGGAACAUUUCUGAAAGAAGGUGGUUUUGUUAAAGCAGUCGAGAUUCUAGGUGAUUCAGUCAAACGUUUAGGUUCGCAAGGGAUAGAGUCGUUCUUUGAAGACUAUGUGCAGAGAGGGAAGAAUAUUAUAGCAGAUGCACAGGCGGGGAGUGUGGCAGGGUCAACCCGAUUAGCGAUAAACAGGACAGAUUUUGGAUGGGGCAGACCUGUUAAAACCGAGUUUGUGUCCAUUGACCGCAAUGAAGCAUUCUCUAUGUUGGAAAGGAGGGAUGACUCGGGUGGUGUGGAGAUUGGAGUGUGCUUGAAGAAGGGCGAGAUGAAUACUUUUCUUUCUUUAUUUAAAGAUGGCCUAAGCGAUUAGGCUUUAAUAGUGAGGCCUAAUUAAGCAUCAUCUCCCCAGACAUAUCGUGGACUACAUCGCCUUGGAUCUAUCGUAUUAUGGUUGUAUGGUUCUUAUUUCGAUUAGUUACUUUUUUUUGUUUGUUUGUUGGGGCUUUAGCUUCUAUUUAAGUUUACAUUCAUUGUAAGCUUUCAGUGGCUUGAUUAACAAAGAGAACUCCUUGGUCUCUACAAAGUAGAUUUAGAUAUGUAAUUUCUCCAGGCAGCUCUGGUGGUUGCUACAGUGUUGGAGACGUGCUUCUCUUCUUCUUUGUUGCGGGCCUUUCUGGGU